AAAGGCUCCAUCCAGCCGUGCUGCAGAGGGCUGCUCGUUCCCAGAGAUCCUCAGAGCUCCAGGACGCCCAGUCUCUGCGCUGCCUGCAGCCAAGACACAGCAGCCCAGACACGGACACACACCCUGCUGCUGCCCCCACCAUCCCGCUUCUCCUGGAGCCUCAACACCUGUUUGGAUUAUUAAUGGAUGGGAAAAACAGAGGGAAGUUUUAAAGUGAGUAAAGUGGGGGUGUUUGCAGUUUGAAGAGAAGAGAUAACAGAGGACCCCUCUAUCCUGGACCUCAAACUUGUAGAAAAACUGACUGGCUAUCUUCAGAAACAGGCUUUUUCUAUAACUGGAAAUAUUUUUAAACUGGGCAGAGUUUUAUGAAACAAUUUCAAAGUAAUCUUAGCAUUCCUUUUUAGUUGAUUUUUGACCCCCGUCCCCCCACACGCAAUUUUAUGGAUUUCUGGACUUGCUCAAUCUAAUUGAAAUUUAUUGGAAACUUUGCCAACAUACAAAUUGUUGUUUUCAGUGGAUUGGAAAUUUCUGGGAACAUUUCUGGAUUUUUACUGAAUUAUUUACAGAUUUCGUAGCAACAGGUAGUCCUGAACUCUUCUGGUUUGAGUUUAAAAGGAAACUGUCAUAUUAAGUUUUGCAUCAUGGCUCUGUCAGUCGGUCUGUGGCUGUGUCUGUAUCUGCUGCUGCUGCUUACUGAUGCAAAGAGUGUUGGGCAACAUGACGGGCAGCACAGCAAUAAUGAUAAACCUUCCUCCCCUGUCGAACCAAAGCCCCUUUGGAUUGGCAAACCGGUCAAAACCCAGGAUGAAUCUUACGUCCUUGACAAGAGCCUCCCCCAAACCGAGGUGCUGGACCUGGACCUUGACCGUAACCGCCGCCAAGCCCGUGGUGCGGAUGAGGAGGAGCAACAGUCCACCUUUGGUGAUUCCUUUGAAAAUGAAUGGGUUACAGCGCCUCAAGUUACUGAGUUCAGCAAUAAAACGACUACAGUGGCAGGAAAGGUUCAUGAAGAUGAUAACCUCCACACAAACAGCUCCAACACUGACCAUGAUGCUCCAGGACUUUUCAACCCCUUUUACCCCCUGAUGGAGGGCUCAUAUGCAGCCUACGCCAUCCUCUUCCUGGCCGGCCUGGUGCUGGCAGUGGGCGUAGUAGGAAACAUGGCAGUCAUGUGCAUUGUCUGGAACAACUAUUACAUGAGGUCAGCCUGGAACUACCUACUGGCCAGCAUGGCAUUUUGGGACUUCCUAGUUCUGGUUCUGUGCCUUCCAGUGGUGGUCCUCAACCAGCUAUCCCAUAGGAGGAUCCUGGGUGACAUCACCUGUCGCAUGGUGCCUUAUAUGGAGGUUGUGUCUCUGGGCAUCACCUCCUUCACUUUGUGUGCUCUGGGUAUCGAUCGCUUCCACGCCGCCACCUCGUCCUCCCAGCCAAAGGCUCGGCGGGUGGAGCGCUGUCGCUCAGUGCUGAUGAAGAUGGUGCUGGUGUGGCUCUCAGCUCUGCUGCUGUCCAGCCCUGAAAUCUUCCUAUGGCAGCUCAGCCAGGCCGUGUCUCCAUCCACCGGCCGGCUGGUCGACUCUUGCACCAUCACGCCCUCCUCUCCUCUGUCCCUCUACCUGCCUGAUUCCCUUCACUCCCUGCUGCUCAGGUAUCACCAGGGUCGUAUGUGGUGGUGUUUUGGCUGCUACUUCUGCCUCCCUGUCCUCUUCACCAUCCUUUGCCAAAUGGCCACCCGGAACGUCAACAGCGACUCCAGCGCCACCCAAAAGCAGCGUAACCUCGACGAACGCUCCAACCAGAAGCGUCAACAACACCAAACCUUGGAGCGACAGCUGAACUGCACUCUACUAGCUCUAGCUGUUGUGUAUGGCGUGUGUGCUCUCCCCGAGCAUGUCUGCAACAUCACGCUGGCCUACACGCACAUCACCAUCUCCGAAGACACUGCCACCAUGCUGGUGCUGUUACAUCACUUCCUGUUGUUCUUCAAGUCAUCAGUGACGCCGGUGCUGCUGCUGUGCCUGUGUAAGGCUCUUGGCCAAGCCUUCAUGGACUGCUGCUGCUGCUGCUGUCAGGAGUGUCAGCCAACCGGAGCCCAAGGCUCUCCAGGACCUCCCCAGGUCAAACUCAAGGGGGCCAAUGAGACGUCCAUCUUCUUUGAUAAGGCUAAAGACACGUCAGCCAUUUUGUCCAUCUCUAGCUAGAGCAACAAGUCUGUCUCUGACUGUAGAUCAUCUCUUCUUCUCUUAGUCUUUCCUCCUUUGCUCCUUUCUACAACAUUACCUGUAUACCCAUCGUCUCCUUCUACACGUUCUUUCCAUUUUUCCCUAUUUUGAAAAUAUUUUUCAACUUUCUGUCUGUUCUCUUCUCUUCUACCGGAAUAUCGUUUGUAUGAUACUCCCAUGUGGACUCAGAGUUACCCCCUUCAGCUUCCUGUCAGUGCAGGAAGUAAUGUUUAAUCUGUAGCAAGAUUAGAAGAAGAUGGUGUACUUGCACAACCAGUUGUUAUAAAUGCAGGAGCCUGUUUCAGGACUCUGAAAGAACUCAUCUCUCUGGCCUCCUGCUGCACAAUAUAUGGAAAUGUCUUGAAAGUCUUCCUUGGUUACGCUCCUUAGAUCGAUGCUGUGAGGCUCGAGUUCGUUGUGUUUUUUUGGAACAUUAAUUUAAACUCAUUUAUAUGCAACAUUAGUUUGGUGCAAAGCAUAGAAGUUUCCUGCUGUCAUAAGAGGUGAACUGGGCUGAGCAUAAAUUUGAAAUUAGUAUGACAUUUUAAUAUAAACAUUUGAUCUGCUUAAAUAUAAAAUGAAAAACUUCUGGAACUGAUUGAACUGAAACAUUUCAUUGACACAGACCAGCCCGAAACAGCUUCACAUUAGUUAAACAAAUGUAGCUGUUGAGGCAGAAAUAAUCCUGUGAAAUCCUUUCCUGUAAAAUGGGAUACAAGUUAUCCUGGUCACUGCAUUUUACUUUUUCUUUAACAACAGUUUCUGGCUAUGAACUAGUUUGUGUUUGCAUGUUAGUUUCUCCAGUGGAAAAAUAAUGCUAAUGUACAGAGGGUUAACUUUAGCUUCCCAAAUUUAAUUUAGAGUGCACUCACACCUGCACUUUUUAAUGCAGUUAAAUCUGAUUCUCAAUAUGAAUUAUCUGGGUGUGACUACAGUGAUGAACAAACACAACAAGGACCUUUACAGGUGGUUUUAUCCUGGUCCCAAACAAACUUUGGAACAGUUCGUUUAUGGGUGGGAUGAUGAGCGGCUCAUAUUCACAUAACUUUGCUCUUUGUGUACAGAGUAAGUGUUUAAAAAUGCUUUUAGAAAUGUUUGAACGUUUCAACCAAAAGUAAAUAAGUUUAGACCUUAAAACUAUUUUUCUUUGAAAACCAGAAAAUUCCAAGAACUUUGAUGGAAAUCAAUGGAAAUUCCUAAAAGUUGACAACAAACAUUUACCAUUUAUCUUGAGAGUUUUUGCUUCUACAUUUUUGCAUCAUCUACAAUUUAAAGAAAGGGUUCAGGUUAGAUUAUUUCUGCCUCCAGUGCAGUGCUGCCUUUCAGCAAUGUUUGCAGCAUCUGUUCAGCAACAACCAGGGAAGAAUUUUAUUGAACUGUGCAGCUCAUAUAUGCAUAAUAUGCACUUGUGGAAGGAAAAUCAGGAUGUGUUUAAAGUUAUUUCUAUGGGUUCUGUUUUGGGAAAGGAUGUGGUGCUUCGUGAGGCCACAAACCCAUCCUGAAGCAAUAAGAUGAAGAACGUGGUGAAACGAGGAGGAUAUCUGAAGAGUUUUUGAACAGGACUCUCACCCUCUCAAUACUGAGGUGCUCUGUUUGUACAGGAGGUUCUGCUGUGUAGUUUUAAGAGAUGUAAUCUGUAUUUAACACAGUGCUUUCACUCAGACCGUCAAUCUCAAACAACUAGAACAAAAGAAGAAAGAGAACCAUGAAUGUAGCUUAUUUUUAAUGCUAGAUGUGUAACUAAUUACAUAUUUGUAUGGCAGGAAAUGAGUUAUUAGUUUUUUGUAUGUCACAAGAAUGCAUUUGUAAUAUCUGAUGUCACCAUGAUGAAUUUCUGACCAUUGGCUCAGCAGAUGGUGCCUUAUUGUUUCCCUGCCCAGAGCCCUGACUGUAAAAGCCCUUUUCCACUAAUACCCAGUCGACUCGACUCGGUUUUUGGUUAUUUUCCAUUACAAUUGGGUACUCCCUAGUGUGCGUAGGGUCUGUAUAGCAAUGCAGUCCCGUGAUGACACUUGGAUGUGAAACAAACAGGGUGUUGGGGCGAUGGUAUACCUGCUGCUCAGUUUAAAAGUUGUUGUCAGACUCCGGGACCACGGUGUUGUUUUCUGUGGAGCCGUUUCCCUCCUUGCUGGGUUUCAAAAAUGGCUGGGUUUCACUCUCGUGACUCACUGAGUGACGGCAUUGACUAGCCAAUUGGUGGGGUACAGUCUGUUGACAUCACGUUUUUUGGAUUGGACUUGGAACGGCAGCCAAGUAGAUACUAAAAAAUACCUGGUACCUGUUAAUACCACACGCCAGGGGAAACCCUAAACACCGAGUGAAACUGAACCGAGCAGAUCCAUACUAGUGGAAAAGGGCUCUAAGUGCCAGUAAAAACUAGUCAUACUAACUUUGCAAAAUGUUGACUGCCUUAUUUUAAGAUUUGCAGAACAGCCUUUAAACAAGUGCUUUUUAGUCACUAUUUCAAAUCUGCAAAUUAAACCUGGAGGGGGAAAAAAAGAUCUGCUCUGCUACAACUCACAAUUGUUGACACCGAUGAUGUUAAUCAAGUUGACUUUGUGGUAACAAGGUCUAAUAUGUGGUAAAAAGAUGUUACUACACAUUUGAUAUGGAAGAAAUUACCAUGGCCGCACAGAUGAGUUGGAGAGUCAUUGAAACCUUGUAGGAAGAAGUAUAAAGAAGUAUACUACACUCUGCUUGGGUCUAAAUGACGUAAAGUUGUCUUCAGAUACAGAGUGGGAGAAGCUCUACAUGCCACUUUUUGUCUGUGAUUUCAUGGACUCAUGUGUGCAUGUCUGUAACAGAGUAUAACUCCAUCUGUGGAGUGCAGCUAGGCAGGUGGUGAUAAUGUUUUGACUCCUCAGUAGUAUGACUGCUAUUGGAUUGGUACCAAAACUAUGUUACAGAGAGUUUCGAACUCAACAUUUAAAUUGCUAAAAGCUGACAGUUUGUUUCAAUACCUCGGUCCAAGCUCUGGAAUUUGAUAUUUGGUGCCAUAAUUUUGUGUUAUCUGUUAGAACAGAAGAGAAAUGUGGAUGAACAUUAGAAACAAAGGUAGAAACUGUUGCACCACAUCAAAAAUUGAAAUGAUAAAGUUAGAUAAAGUGAAAGAUUAAAUACCAUUUAUACUUCUUUUUGGUCUUUUCCGUGUCGUUGUGCUACUGAUGAGCAGUUGUUGGAGUCGUGUUGUUUUGAUAAAUGAAAAAGAAAGUUUUGGAUUCACCAAGGGUUGGCUAAGCAACGAGAGGAUGAUGAAAUUCAGCUGCAUCCAGGAGUUUAAACGUUACCGUGGUCGUUUCAAGAAAUUAUUUGAGUUGUACUUUAUGUUUGUUAGAGAGAAUCUAAAUCUACACUUAGUUUGUUCUUGUGAUGCCAUGAAAUGGAGACUGGAAUCCUUUCACAAUAAGCAACUUUACCAAUAGAAACUCACAGGUUUGCUUCCUGCAGCCACCUGCAUGUAAAUUAGAAUUUCUUCUGGAAAUUUCUCUGUAUCAUUGCAGGGUCUUUAACUUACAAUAUAAAGCUCCUUGAGGUGACUGUUGUCGUGAUUUGGUGUUAUAUAAAUAAAACUGAAUUGAAAAAUU